GCCAGCCGGAGGAGCUCAUAAAGGAAGAACAUUGCAUUGCAGGCACUGAGGAGAGUGCAAGAGAAGCUGGGAAUUACACACUGAGCACAAGAACCUCCACACAAGGCUCUGGACACACCCUGCUGGGGGAACACGUCUUCUCUUUUUUUUCCGUUUUUUUUUUUUUUUUUUUUUUACGAAACAUCGCCCACGCUGCUCCGAGAGAAAUCUCUCCUUCAUUAUCAUCUCCAAACCUCCUCUCCUCGCCUUCGCCCCACUGAGGGCUGACACCCCUUGAGAGAGAAUUUGUUUUUUUUUUUCCUGUUUUAAUUUGGAAAUUCUGUCGUCAUCCUCCUUCUUUUUGUACCGUUCACCUUGUAAGUUGCAAAAAAAAAAAAUCAAAUCCAAACAAACAAACAAACAAACAAAAAGACUACAUACACCGAAAAAUCCAACACAAGGCUUCAAGACCUACCAAUUGAAGGACCUAGAUCUCAACCAUCUUUGUACAUCAAGAAUGGUCACUCAGAUAAUCAGCACCAUGGAAACUCAGGUGUCCAACGGUCCAACCGGAAACAGCCUCCCCAACGGCCCAGUGAUCAGCACCAACGGCUCCACAGACGACAGCAAGACCAACCUGAUAGUGAACUACCUGCCCCAGAACAUGACCCAGGAGGAGUUUAAGAGCCUGUUCGGCAGCAUCGGGGAGAUCGAGUCCUGCAAGCUGGUCCGGGACAAGAUCACGGGUCAGAGCUUAGGCUAUGGAUUUGUGAACUACGUCGACCCAAAUGAUGCCGACAAGGCCAUCAACACCCUCAACGGCCUCAAACUGCAAACGAAAACAAUAAAGGUGUCCUACGCCCGGCCGAGCUCUGCCUCCAUCAGAGACGCCAACCUGUACGUCAGUGGUCUUCCAAAGACCAUGAGUCAGAAAGACAUGGAGCAGCUAUUUUCCCAGUACGGCCGCAUCAUCACCUCCCGCAUCCUGGUGGACCAGGUCACAGCAGGUGUAUCACGGGGAGUGGGUUUCAUCCGGUUCGACAAGAGAAACGAGGCAGAGGAAGCCAUCAAAGGCCUGAACGGGCAGAAGCCCCUGGGUGCAGCUGAACCUAUCACCGUGAAGUUCGCCAACAACCCCAGCCAGAAGACGGGACAGGCACUGCUCACCCAGCUGUACCAGACGGCGGCCCGUCGUUACACUGGCCCGCUGCACCAUCAGACCCAACGCUUCAGACUCGACAAUUUACUAAACGCCAGCUACGGAGUGAAGAGUUCUCCAUCUCUCCUGCCCAGGUUCUCCCCCAUCACGAUCGACAGCAUGACCAGCCUGGCCGGGGUCAAUCUGACUGGGCCGACGGGGGCUGGCUGGUGCAUCUUCGUCUAUAACCUGUCACCCGAGGCCGACGAGAGCGUCCUAUGGCAGCUGUUCGGCCCGUUCGGAGCUGUCACCAACGUUAAGGUCAUCCGCGACUUCACCACCAACAAGUGCAAAGGCUUUGGGUUUGUCACCAUGACCAACUACGAUGAGGCGGCCAUGGCCAUCGCCAGCCUCAACGGCUACCGACUGGGUGACCGCGUCCUGCAAGUCUCCUUCAAGACCAGCAAGCAGCACAAGGCCUGAGGUGUGGGCAGGAGACGCCCCGUCACAUCGGCUGGUUCAGCCUGCAGGGGGAGCUCACGAGCUUCCCGAACACUCACGAAACCAUGGACCGGGAGUGAGUCUCUCGCUCUCUCUCAUACACGCUCACAAACACAAACACACGCAGGACGUACACAAGUGUCCAACCCACACUCACGGAUCAAGGGGGCGCACUUUGACAUGCGGACAUACUCACACGGACUGAUGACGUUUAGUGUUUUUCUUAUCCACGCAAUCACGACAGUUCUUCCCCUCGCUUGCCUGUGUUGAAUUAACCGGGAUGGGGGAGGUGGGAGUCCGGGCAAGCUGACACGGCGGGGGCGGAAUGUACUGAGGCUUUAAUUCAACACAGGCAAAGAGUAAGUACCACGAAUGAAAAAAAACAGUCGAAAGUUAAGCAUGAAUUAUAAAUAUGUGCGACUCACCCUAACUGGAACCAAGAAAAUGGAACCACAGCCCUCCACCUUGUGUUCUGCUUGUGUCUAACAAAGACAGAAAGAACCGCGAGAAAUCACUUUUUUACGUGUGGGCAUUUCAAUCAAGGAUUUUUUUAAAUUAAAAAAAGUUUAAAAAAAAAAAAAAAAAAACAGUGUUCGCUUAUAUAUAAUAUAAAUAUAUAAAUAUUUAUUCAAUAUUUAAGGUCAUUAUAAUAGCCAAGUAUGUAAGCAGUUUUUUAGGGAGAACUUUGUCUACUAUUCGUGAGCUCUUUCAUCUAGGUGCAACCUGACUGUACUGCAGGCUGUCCCCAGGCCAUUCAGUGUCUCACACACAAGCACACACGGACAUACACACACGAGCAGGCACCCCCGCACACAUGCACGCGUACGCACGCAGGCACGCACGGCCUGACUGCACUCCUACCCACGGAAGAAUAAUCACGCGACUCGCGCGCGCGUGCCGCGAGGAUCGAAAGCCGCCGACAGAGGGAGCCUUUCGCUCACGCGAAAAGGCGAACGCACGUUUGCACGCGCACACACGUAAACCCGCGCACCACGAGGAACGAACAACCAAAAGAGAUGUCGCAAAGUAGGCCGAGUUCCGGUAAGCCCAAUGAAACCCAGAGGACACACCAGUAAAGAGACUCACUGACGCGCACGCACUCAAAUGUCCUCUAUCGAGGAUGCAAAAAGGAAAUCACUGACUCACAGGAGAACCUCUCUGUAUUUUUCAGCCUGAUUUUUUCUACUUAGCGACUAGAUUAGGUUCUACCAAAAGUGGCUGUCUUCUGACUUUGGGCAUGGCGACAGUGUUUCCAUGGUUACAGUGUUUGCAUAGAAGCCUCUGGCAGGUCUGUGGCGAGUUUAACAAGAACAUACAGCAGCCGUAGCAGAACAAACAAACGCUUUGGGCGAGGUUACGUUAUUUUUUCCUCUUACCGAUUGUAACCCAGAAGAGCAAUAUGACGUGUUACUUGGAGUGCUUUAUCCACGGCUCUCUUCUGUUAAUCAAAGCCCCGCCCAUUGUAGUAGCUCCUCCCAUUCACACAAUCCCCUCCCAUUCCCCAGGUAUCCUCAUGUUCUACUAAAUGCCCCAGGACACCUGCCUAAGUACCCUCCAUGAGAUGCAGGUUUCUAGUGGGCACCUAUUAGGACGCAGCAUCGACUCAACCUUACUGUACUGUACAGAUGCGCCUUUUAUGGUACGAUGGCGAAAAACAACUCACUUGACGGAAAAAGCCCCAGUGUUUACUUCGCACUGUCGGCUGGAAUAAAUGUUUCCCGGAAUAGAGUCAAUGAACACAAUCUUCACCGUAUUUAAAUCCAAACCCUCUAGACCUAGUCUUAAUCCCACUCCACCUGUACCCCAUUGAAAUUAUACCCCAGUAUUUGAAAAAGACAUUUGUCUCCUGAACAUUAUAAGCAUGACAAAUGCUAAAUUUGGAUCUCCUUAAAACACAAACAAUAAUUAUAAUAGACUUCAUAUGCCAGUGUGACCAUCUGCCAAAAUUCCGACUCAUUCUGAAAAAUAUAUCAGAAUUUCGGCAGAAAUAUUAUCUUCCAUGUUUAGGGUGAGACGGACUUUGGCAGAGAAUAACGAAAAUAGACGGAACAAUAAGACAUCUUAAAUAUUGGCAAAAAAGACUUAAAUAAAAGGUGAACUGUGUUAAAAUUACUUUUCUAGAUAAUGCUUACUUAGCCAAAGAGGACAGUAGUCUCUUUGAUGUGAGAGGAUUCAGAAGGAAACAAAUCUAUUUUUAUACUUAAAGGAAAAAAAAGACCUUGAUCAGAAUUUGUACUGAUUCUUGAGCUUAAAAUAUUUUCACAGACAUAUAUAGUUUAAUUUUCAUAUUUUUCAUUUAGGGAAGUCUGUGUGUGUUGGGGAGGGUGGGGAUAGGGAUUAAAUGGGGCGAGUUGAUGUUGUGUCUUGCGCAAAUUCUAGAUUGUCCACCUCAAAAUUUAGAUGGCUGUGAAGAUACAUAUCAUGGUCAGUGUGCAUAAAGACUCAUAGAAUUGUUCAGGAACCUAUCUAAGGUGUCUUACCUUAAAUUAUAAUUUUUUUUGACAAGAUGCAAUUUUAGCGUCGAUCGAGUACAAGAAAUUGGACAUUGAUUUAAUGGACUAAUGAAAACAUACGGCUACGGUUUUCCAUAUCCUAAAUAUGUUUUAAAGCAUCUCGGAAAUGAUACAAAUACAAUCAGCGUGACGUCAAAACCACAAAAAAAAGCUUUGAGUGCCCCUGAAGCCUCAAAACAUUUGGCUUUUAGAACGAUAAACCUUGAAUAGGGAAGGGUGGGCGAUUUGAUUCCCUCCCAUUUCAAUUGCUCCUAACUCUCAAGAUCUUUAUGCAUACUGCUCUGUAGCUCUACGUACACUGAAGAAUCUAAAAAUCACUAUUUCUGAACAUUCGUCAUUUUACUCACAUUUACGUUAGUUUUAUAUUUCCAAGAUGAUUUCGCAGAGUGACAGCACGACUUCCAUGCAAACAGGGCUCACGAACACGAAUGCAUAUUAUAAAGAUAGCUGCUUGCAUCUUUGCAGAGACUGAUUUUGUUUUUUUUUUUUUUUUUUUUUUAAAAAACAGCGGCAAUUACAUAGCAAACACAUGCACGCACACACACACGCACACACACAGGCGUGCAUAUGCGCAGAUCACCAUUCGAACACUUGAAGGUUGUUUAAAUCACACACCGGGCCAGGGCACGCCCACAUGCAAAAAAUAAACAGGACUGCACAUACAUUUAGACACAAAGGAUGACACAACGGUGCAUACACAGCACCGAGGACAAUGAUAAGAGACACAGGUACGCACCGCAUGAGCUCGUUAUAAUCCAUUUCAAAAGGAAAAAAAACUUUCUUAUGGAACAGCAAGUGCAAUGUGCUUUGUUUUUAUAUUGACUGAGAACAUAAUAUAUAUUUUUUAAAAAAGAAAUUAAACGUCACACUGAAAUCGUUUGCAAAAAAGUGAAAGGAUCAAAUGUAAAAAACUAAAAAACAAAUGUGUAAAUGUCGACUCAUUACAACAAAAAACAAAAAAAAAAAACAAAAAAAACAAACAAG